CGGCGCAGUAGAGUAACGGUAGCGGCGGUGGCGCACGCGCAGUGUGUGUUCGCGUAUCCUCGUCUCUCUCCGCGUGGAGAUGGCUGGAAUCUUCAAAAUUAGGACUAGUCUCCACUUGCUACCUUCCUUUGGGAGAUCUCUACCAAGGGAGUUAUCAACAAGAUUGUGGAAAAAAGAAGACAAGUGCCUACCCCGUUGCUUUGGGACCCAUAUGUUCUUAAAGCCACAGAAAUGGCAACCUGACAGUGCUUAUUUUUAUCCUGGGACAGGGCUGGUGCCAUACAGAUGUGCUGGCAGCUUAACCCCCACCAACAGUGUCUUGGAAAAGUCGAUGAUUGAGAACAAAGAACAGUUCAAACUGGUCUACAAGUUUCCAGGAAUUAAAUAUUGUAGAAUAUUUUCAAGAAUGAAGUUGCUACAGACUGCUCUAACCAUAGUCAUCCUCCCACCUGUCUAUCAUCUCUAUCUGCAGGAACAAGUUUCUCAGGGUUUUGUGUUGUAUGUCACUGGCACCGCUUGCUUUGCUGCUACAAUGCUGUAUGGUAUAAGUUAUUUUCUCAGACGAAUGAUUGGACUGAUGUACUUAAAUGAAGCUGGCACCGUGGUAAAAGUGGCACACUUGACAUUUUGGGGAAGAAAGAAAGAAAUUUAUUGUCCAGUUGAAAACGUGAUGACCUUGGGUGACACUGGAGAUACCAAGAAUGAAGUACUGCUCCAGUUUAAACAGCAUAAUAGUACACAGGUUUUAUAUUUUACUCUAACAUUUGGCCAUAUUGUGGAUAAACAGAAGUUUGCCCAAAUAUUUGGAGGAUUUUAGUAACUCAUUAGAUGCAAUGACCAACAUUUCCCAAAAGUCUUGCUUGUUUAAUGUUUUCCAUUGCUCUUCAUGCUGAAUUCAUCACAUCCAUAGCUGAAUAGAUUUGUAAGCACACAAAUACAAAGCCUCUGAGCAAAUAUGCACACCUGUAUUUGCGAUACAGCGAUGUGGCAACCCACUAGAUAGAUGUUCCUGUACAACUAGUUUCAGAUGAAAGCGGAAUCUCAUCCUACACACACAACCAUUAUGUAAAGAAAUAUAGUUUAAUACUCAUAUCUGAUGGUAAGUUACACAGUUGAAAUCAUGUUAAUAUAAAUAAGUUAUUAAAACGGUAUCUUGGGACACGGAUUUGCAAAGAUAUUGUAUGGAGAUGUGGUGGAAUUGCUUGCUCAGUCCCUUGUCUUCUGGGCUGGCACCAGCUGGGAAGUGUGCCACUCGCUUUUUUCUGAAACAGUUCUUCUGUCAGAUCAAAACGUGUUAAUGUGAUCCUGAGUGAACUUUGUCCAUUGUUCAUCAGUGGCUUGUGGGUUCAAUGCUUGGAUGAUUUUCACAAGGCGCUAAGCAUUACUUGGAGAAAAAUAUGUUGCAAGAGAAUAUCUGCUUCAACUAUGUGAAAGCAAAUAAAGUAGCUGAACAGUGUCUUGAGAGCCCCAGUAAAGCAUUUUAACUUGUGUACAUAGUGAAAAGGAUCAAAAAUUCUGAAGAGAAGUAUGUUACAGUAGUACUAUUUACAGACACAUCAUCAGGCCCCUGUUCAAGUUUAAAAAACAUUUUCUUACCCUGGGCUAUAGACAAUAUCUUAGGUUAUUGAAACAGAUAAUUUUAAGCAUUCAUUUUUCAGUGCUUGUGCUUGUGCUCUGUUGGGAUUUUCUUUUUCAAUUUAACCAACUGAAACGGUCAAUUUCAUUUUCUUAGGUGUAGCAUCAUCAUAGGGGGGUUGUAAAAACAGCAGGGAAAUGGUUAUUUUAAAAAAAGAUUUACAUUAGAACAAAGAAUCAUGGAAAUAUUUGAAUUGGGCUGAGAUUUUAUAAAACGUGUGUGCAUACACAGCUUCAUUUCAUCACUGGUUCAGAUCUUUCACCAGCAAGAGUGCCCAUACAGGAGCUAAAUGGCACAUCAGUUCAAAAUAUCUUUUCACUGACUGGACUACAGUUAGAAUAAAUUUGCUUUUCUGCUGUGUACUGUAGAUAUCACAAAUUAAAAAAAGCCAAAGUUGUACUAUAUAAGUGUUAACAGACUCCAGAUGUGUUGCUUACUGUAUAGAAUGACAGGUAAUUAAGCAGAUUUAUACAGCACAGUAUGUAUUUGAAUAAAAAUGUAAUGGCUGCCUUUGUUA